AAUGGCCAGAACAAAUUGUGGAGAGCAGAGAGGGGAGAGAGAGCACUUCUCAAAAGUGAAUGGAAGAAAGAAGUGUGAAAUAGAAAAUCACAUGCGUCCAUUGCAACUGUCUGUCUUCUCAGGAAACAGUGUAGAGUGGAAGAAGAAGAAGCAGCGCGCUAAAUUUGAAAAAUAAAACAAGUCAUCAAGUAACGGAAUAAAUCAUAGCAGGUUGCUCCUGGGUCACAUGCAUUACUGGAGGAAUGAAACACCGCUGCCAAAUGGACAAAGCAGUUCUUCUGCUACUUCUGUUAGAUUACUGUCUGCAGGUUGUAGAUUGUCUAAAGUGCCAGAAAACAUCAAGCCAUGCAACGCUUUUUGUUGAAUGGAAUGAUUUCCCCGAAGGAGAAAAAACAGAAUGUUAUUUAAUAACAUAUCAACUUAGCAACCAAACGCAUUUGCUGAAUGCUUCCGCUGUAUCUGGAUGUAUUCCGGAUUCCAGAGUCCUUAUCAGCGAAUUAGAGGAAAAUGAAGGGUACCUCAUUAUUUUAAAGGCAACAAGAAACAAAAACAUACUGGGCACAAAAUCCUUCAAUAUACGCACACUGUCAAGAAACAGUGUAAGAACAGUAACGACAAGCACCACUGGCUUUCUAAACUGGAGCGUGCCAGACUUUGAACCAACAGUUUCAGUUAAGCUUGAUAACAUUUCAUGGAUUGUACCCCAACAUGAAAAUGCAUAUACAUUGACUGAUUUAAAACCUGGUACCCUUUACAAUGUUUAUUUGGAUUUUCAAAAACAAAUCCAUGAAAACGUAAUCAAUGCCACUCAGAAACUACACUUCCUUCUUGAAACAGCUUCAUGUCCACAGGGAUGGGUCCCUUUUAAGAGUAGCUGCUAUAAGACUGGGAAAGGUAUUGAGCAAUGGAGUGCCGCACAGAAAUCCUGCGAGUUAUCAUUGCAGAGAGCCCAUCUCGCUGAUAUAGAAACUGAAGAGGAGUACCUGUUUAUAUCUUCCUACCUUAAGACCUUCAAUCACAUGAUCAUGCUUUGGAUUGGUCUCAAUGACAAACAGACAGAGGGGGAGCUUCGUUGGACAGAUGGAUCUGCUUAUAAUCUCGGGAAUGUCAUGACAUCAAAUUUGCCACACAACGAGACAGACUGCUAUGCCCUGCAAAUGAACGCCACUGGUCCCAACUACUUCUUCACUGGGUUUUUCUGCUAUAUUCCCUUACCGUAUCUUUGUGAAUAUGAAUUUCCAUCAGCACCUGAACAUUUUGGAUUUCAGCUGGAAGAUGUAAAGGAAACUGAGGUGUCUUUUGUAUGGAGUGGGUUACAAGACUGGAUGGAAGCUUUAGUGAAGUCUGACGUGAUCAUUCAAUAUCAAAUGAAGUUUUCUAGAGUGAAGCGACAGUCCAGGAUACUGCCGUCCAAUAUCACAAGGAUGACCAUUUCAGGACUGUCUCCUGGCAAUCUCUACCUGUUUUCACUUACAGUGACAAGUGCUGGUGGUGCAUCAAUAACUCUGGGCCCCAUUCUCUCAGCUGAAACUAGGCCCAAUCCACCACUAAACGCCGCAGUAAAGACAAUAACUUCAAGGGAGAUCCCUUUGUACUGGACUGCUCCAGAUAAGUCCCAAGAUGCAUCUUUUGACCACUACCUUAUUAGCUACGUGGAUGUACAGACCAAUAAAAAGGAAACUUUAGUUGUGGAAAACUACAAAACAUCUGCAGUUAUACCCAGCAUCAAGCCGUACCACCCUUACUGGAUUAGCAUACAAACUGUGACUGCAGCUGGCUUAGGGAGCUGUGUGGACGCAUCAAUAUCUGUAAUCACUGGUGUCAGCCCGCCCAACAGUGUUUCUAUAUACCUAGAAGAUGUGGGUGAAGAGAAUGUAACUUUGCAGUGGGAUCCACCACAAGAGCAGAUUGAUGAAUAUUAUAUCUUAGUGAGAUCAGUCACUAUUGGAGGUGACAGCAAAAACUACUCAGUAAACAACUCAAACAGUUUUGAACUUAGCAUGCUAACUCCUGGCAUGACAUAUGAGAUAGGGGUGGCUGCAGUUAGGAAUGGAAACAUGAGUGAGUUGAAGACUAUCCAACAGACUCUAAGGCCCAAAAGGGUUCAGAUUGUCGUUCCAUAUGAACUAAACACUCACUCAGUAGUGCUGUAUGUUCAGAAGCCUCAUGCGGGGAUAUAUGAUGGAAUUAAUGUCACUUACAAAGAGGGCAGCCAAAGAACCCCUGUGUCUGUAGGUGGUGAUACGAUAACCAUUGAAAACCUGACCCCUGGAACUGCAUAUGACUUCUUUGUGUACACUACAAGUGUAAACAUGGCCAGUGCGGCCUACCAGGUCCCAGCUGUGAAAACAUGCUUGGCUCCACCAACAAACGUCAGGGAAGGGAACACCUCAGAAACAUCAGUAGAGAUUGUAUGGGACAGAGCCGAGGGACACCUUCAGAAUUACGAAGCCAUCUGUGUUAACUGCGCCUCUACUUUUAUGGUGCAAAAGGUUUAUCAGGAGAGAGCAGUGUUUACACAUCUGGUCCCUGGCAAGAUAUAUACUUUUUCCAUAAGAAGUGAGAAGGAAAAAUACAAAGAUAGCAUACAGGUGUUCCAGAAAAUCCGAACAGUCCCAAGUCAAGUGGAGCGUUUGAAUCACAGUAAGAGCUCUGACACCAUAGCAGUCAGCUGGACACAAGCUCAGCAUGUAUUUGAUGGCUACAUUGUUUCCAUAACCAAUGGGAGUUUUCACAAGGAGAAAACCCUCUCCACUAAAGAGCCAAGAACAAAUGAGUUUGGCAGCCUUUCACCUGGGAGCAGCUAUAUAAUUAACGUGGUGACAACAAGUGGACAAAAGAGAAGCAUUCCAGCUAUCAUUAGUGUUACAACAUACCCUGACCCACCUCUGGAUGUCCAGUUUAUUGAGCAGGAUGAAAACUCUGUGUAUGUGUCCUGGAAACAACCCAGGGGACUUGUUGAUGGAUAUAAGCUCACCUACAGAUUGUCAACUGGAAAUGAAAUACUUUAUAAAACUACUUUAACCAGCAACAGCAUUCGAAUUCAAAACCUAACCCCUGGGAUGGAGUACAUAUUUCAAAUCCAGUCUUUAAAGGAAUCUGAAAGCAGUGUGGCUGUUACAAAAAGAGUUAUAGCACGACCAGCUGGGAUCUGUACCCUCUCACUGACAUCUGUGAGCACAACAAGAGCUGGAAUAACAUGGAAACCAAGCAGUGGAAACUUCAGCCAUUACAAACUCACACUUUCAAACUCUACUUUCAUACAAGAAUGGAAUGUUUCAAAGGACUGGCUGAAUUACACAGCCACAGACCUGGUGCCUGGAAGUGUCUACAAUAUUACAGUGCAGCGCGUUAGUGAAGGAGUUAAUGGGGUGCCUGCUUUUGUGACGGUGACUACAGUUCCUGAGAGACCACAAGAACUACAGGUCAUGAAUACGUCAUCAAGCAGUUUUUCUCUGCGUUGGAGAACACCUUACGGUCAUGUCGACAGAUACCAAGUGGAUCUCAUCCCAGACCAAGGUUUUGUUACUGUUACAGAACUUGGGGGUGGAGAACUGCAGGCUGAUGUCUCCAGUACGACCCCCGGACAGAGCUACACUGUUACAGUCUCUGCAGUUUCUGCAUCAGCAUUCAGCUCACCUGUUAGCAGAAUUGUAACAACAAAUGAAACAAAUCCAGGUGCUCCUUUAAAUCUAGAAGGAGAAAGAGUUGGGUCUACAGCUAUUCUGCUUUCCUGGACGGUACCCCCAGUUCUAAAUGGAAAAGUGUUAUCUUACAUAGUGCAAUACAAAGAAGUCUGCCCUUGGCCUGAAUCAGUCUUUAGCCAGGUGUUAACUCAUUCGGACAGUCCAGAAUUUCUUCUCAAUACUUUAAUCCCUGGAUCCACUUACAGCAUUAAGGUUGCUGCUGAGAACAGUGCUGGCAGUGGUCUUUUUAGCAGCUCAAUCCUUUUCAAAACUGCUGAAAGUGUACCUGGUCUCGUUACAAACCUCACAGCAUCCGCAUAUAACCACACAACUGUAAAAGUGACAUGGUUUUUACCAAGACGUCCCAACGGGCUUAUUACUAAGUUUCUUAUAAAUGUAAAACAUGCAAGAAGUGGUCAACUGGAAAGAAAAUUUGAAAUCAACGCAGAGGAGAUCAUGAAAGGAACACUACCUAACUGUCAUGAUGAUGCUGAAUUCUAUUCAGGGAGCACUCCCAGCCCCGCCACCUCAUCAGCCUCUCCUCCUCUGACUUCAGCCUUCUCAUCAAUGACUGCCUCAGCCUUGCCAGCACAGUUUUCCUGGACCAAGCCCAUCACCUUAAUAGUGGAACAGCUGAAAUCUUACACUGCAUACGUGUUUGAAGUGUCUGCAUUCACCAACGAAGGGGAAGGCCUAAUUGCAAGCUAUAUGGUCAGAAUGCCAGAGUCAGUUCCUGAAGAUCCACCCCAAAGCAUUGCAAUGUGGAACAUCACCUCAAAAUCUUUCACAAUUUCUUGGGAUCCUCCAACUGUUCAAACAGGAAAGUUCAACUACAGGAUCGAGCUGUACGGGCCAUCAGGUCACAUCUAUGACAACAGCACCAGGGACCUAAAAUUCACCUAUUCUGGUCUAACACCAUAUACAACAUAUACAGUGUUUGUUGGUGCUGAGACUUUUGCAGGGCCUGGACCAAAGACCAAUGUAACCCUCGUAACUCCAGCAGAAGCUCCCAGUGCAGUAAAUGAUUUGAAAGCAUUAGCAGUUGAUUCUACAUCUGUGAAGCUGUCAUGGAAAAGCCCACUGCAGCCAAAUGGAAUCAUUACCCAAUAUAGGAUUUUGGUUUUCAGAAAACCUCCGGGCAUUCUUGUGCAAAACAUUACACUCACAGGAAAAACAGAGGAUUUAAAUGACUCAACAUUAGUCAAUGACGGUAUGUUAAAGCCGCCUUCCAAGAAGGACACUGACAUACUAACUGACCCUUACGAAGGCUCGGCAGACUUAUUUUCAUCGUCCCAAUCGCCAGUUUCUUCAGUUACUCCACCCUACUCUUUAUCAGCUAAAAUACCCCUCCUCACUGACAGAAUGAGCACCACUACAGGGGUGUUGGAGAGAAGCAUGCUGUCAACCACACAAACCCCACUAACAGCCACACUGACACAGACCCCCUCGACUGCAGGGAGUUCAAGUGCAUGGUUAUAUAACACUGUCUAUUCACUGCCCUCCACUGGCUCCGGCACUACUCAGCUUACUGACUUCACAGCGCCAUCUGGAUCGUUACCUACAGAAACUCUGCCACCGCAGCGAGGAGCCAUGAGAUCAGUUAUUACAGUUGUCAAGGCAGGUGGGGCAGCCGAGGCUUCUUCUCUACACUCAGGUCCCACACAGCCUCCCGCUUCCCCGAGAGCUCUGGGUAACGGCUUUCCAAAUGUCACUGGAGCAGAAUCUACAAGUGUCCUGGUCACCAAUCUCUCUGCAGAACAGAUGUCACAUGUUAUUAAGACCCUGAUUCCUUUCACUGAGUACGUGUUUAGUGUAGCUGCAUCUACCGAUGUUGGAGAAGGGCCAUCUACCAAUAUCAGUGUGAAAACAAGGGAACAAGUGCCAAGUUCGGUUCAAGGAGUUUAUUAUCAAAAUAUAACUUCAACCUCAAUCCUGGUGUCUUGGAAACCACCUACCAACCCCAAUGGCAAGAUUACACAUUUUACAGUGUACGGAAUGGAGUUGCUCACUAAGGAAGCCUUUCACAAAGUCACCAAUGAAACCAGUAUCAUCAUAUCAGGACUGAAGAAGUAUACAGAGUACAAACUGCGAGUAGCUGCAUCUACUGGUGUGGGUGAAAGCUCACUGUCUGAAGAAGAUGACAUCUUUGCAAGAACCAUGGAAGACGAACCAGAAUCUGCUCCUCAAAACCUCACUGUUCAACAUGUCACAGCAUCUACUGCUGUCAUAAGCUGGUUACCCCCAGAAAAGCCCAAUGGCAUUAUUACAUAUUACAAAGUUACUUAUGCUGUUGACACAGACUUCCAUACAGAGAACAGCACAACGACAACCGUUACGCUUCAGAACCUGAAACCACAUUCAGUCUAUAACAUCUCUAUAAGAGCAUAUACCAAAUAUGGGGAUGGAAACCAAACGUCCUCAGUGUUGAAGGUGUUGACUGGUGAAGACGCUCCUGGCAGUCCACCAUUUAAUUUGACAUAUGAGAGUAUUAGUUCCACCAAGGUUGAAGUUUCAUGGAUAUCCCCACUGCAUGCCAAUGGCAUUAUAUUAUCUUACACUAUAGAAUACUGGAAUGCAUCCCACUCUCUCAACAUCAGCAGUAAUAGAACUACAGCGAUCUUAUCCAACCUGAGGAAAUAUACACAAUACUGGGUAACAGUGUCGGCUAACACAAAGUUUGGAAAUGGAAACCAGACCAGUGACAUUUUAAAUGUGACAACUUUGGAAGAUGUUCCAGGUGGAUCUGUACACAAUCUCACCUACCAAAAUCUUUCGUCAACAACGGUAAAUGUAAGUUGGUUCCCACCAACUUCCCCAAACGGGAAAUUGUUUUACCAUGUUUCUCUGUGGAGCCCUCAGAUGGCCAUUCCUAUAUCAGAGGUCACUACCAAUAAAACAGACUUAUUGAUUGAGGAUCUCCAGAAGUAUACAGGCUACAUUUUGAAAGUUACUCCCGCAACAGCUGCAGGCUUCUCUGAAAAUACAACAGCAACCUUAUACAUCACAACCGACGAAGACACACCAGAAACACCUCCAGUGAUCACCACAUAUAAAAACCUCACUGCAUCCUCUAUCCAACUCUUCUGGAACCCCCCUGCCCAGCCAAAUGGAAACAUAUUAUUGUACAACCUAGUGAUCCAUGGACCAACAGGCACCAAUUCCUCCAGUACCUCACAUACAAGCCUGAUUUUGUCAGGUCUUUUGCCGUCCACAACUUACAAUGUGUCAAUUAAUGCAGAGACAAGUAAAGGUCCAGGCCCUUCAGCUACACAGCUGCUGUACACAGAUGAAACAGAACCAUCCGCUUCUCCACAAAACUUGGUAAUGGUUAACCACACAGCAGAUACAGUUUGGUUAAGAUGGGAUCCUAGUCCUGAACCAAAUGGAGUUGUGCAGAUCUACAGUUUCAAAAUAUUUGAAAACAACAGCCAAACAAUAUCAUAUAAGAAUACAUCAGGACUCUUCACAGACGCACAACUAACAGGAUUUAAACCUCAUAGCGUCUACCUAAUUAGUGUCUCAGCAUUCACGAAAGCUGGGAAUGGAAAUCUGUUCAGUAACUCUGUCAGUUUUUCAACAAACCAGUCAGUUCCAGAUGCGGUUCAAAAUCUGCGCUGCAUUGGGACAAGCUGGCAAUCUGUUCUGAUCCAGUGGGAUCCCCCAGCUAAUUCAAAUGGAAUAAUCACCCAUUAUAUUGUACAGUUUGGAGGUGAUGCCCAGGAAUUAAAGCCAACUGACCAUGUGUACACUGUUCGAGGACUGCUGGCAAAUACCACUUAUACAUUUCGUGUAAUAGCUGCCACAUCUGCUGGCAUAGGACAAGACCAGACAUGCUUUGCUGAGACAUUACCAGAAUCAGUCCCAAGUGCUCCUAAGGAUCUAAAUAUAACCAAAAUUCAGUCAUCAAGUGUCACCUUAAGUUGGACCCGACCAGACGUGGUGCCAGGCUACCUGCAGAAUUACCGGAUUGUGGGGCAGCUGCUGUCUAUGCUGUGUAACAACUGGAACACCAGUGGAUGUAUCGAGAAUAAAGUAGUCCAAUACGUCUCCGGGACAGACGAUUCUCUGGAGACAAGCAUAUACUCUCUAUUGAAAUUCAGGCGAUAUAGGUUCAGUGUUGCUGCUAGCACUAAUGCAGGCUAUGGCAAUUCAACAGACUGGAUCUCUACAAACACUUUGCCAGGCAACCCUGACACUCCUCCUCAGAAUGUAACUGCGGUCUCAAGAUCCUACCAUACCAUUGAUAUCAGUUGGAGGGCCCCUGAGGUCGUUACUGGCCCUACAGCCUAUCUAAUAGAUGUGACUUCAGUAGACAGUCAAGACUAUAAUAGGACCUUCAUGAAAAGAGAUGAGGAAAGUAAAAAUAUUGAACUCUCCGACUUAACCCAGUUUACAAGGUAUUCUGUAAUAGUGAUAGCAUUCACUGGAGAUGUUAACGAAGCCCGGAUCUAUGGAAAAGCCAGUGCUCCUGUGAUUGUCACAACACUACAGGACACACCUAAAGACCCACCGAAAAACGUGACUCUUCAAAAGAUACCAGAUGACGUGACCAAAGUCUAUGUGAUGUUCUCACCUCCAUCUGAGCCUAAUGGCGAUAUUCAGUUCUACCGGGCAGUGGUUUAUAAAGAAGAGGAUCCUACUGACAUAGAAAUUUUGGACCUCAGAAUUAUCGAAAAUAAUACCGACUCGUUGACUGCUGUCAUAGAGGGGCUGAAGGGAGGGCACACCUAUAAUAUAAGUGUAUAUGCUGUCAAUGGAGCUGGUCCAGGUCCCAAGACAGAGCUCAAAAUAACCAUGGACAUCCAAGCACCACCAGAGUCCAGCAUGAUUCCAGUCCCUGCCUAUGAUAAACAUGGAGCCGUGAUCAUAACUGCUAGAACAAUGACAAUCCAGAUGCCUGUCUGUUUCUUCAGUGAUAGCCAUGGGCCAAUUGAAAAAAUACAAGUUAUCAUUGCAGAAGCAAAAGUCAGGAAUGAUGGCAACAUUACCACUUGGAAGGAUGCUUACUUCAAUAAACCAAGACCUUACUUCUCUAAUAAAGGCUUUGAAAACCCUCCCUGCACUGAAAGGAUGAAGAGACAGACUACCUCAGUUGGCACAUAUGUUUUAGGAGCUGAAGAUACAUGCAUGUCAGAAGGAAACGAAGAGCGGUUCUGUAAUGGCCCUCUUAAGCCGAAAAAAGAUUAUGUAUUCAAAUUCAGAGCAACAAAUUUUAAAGGCCAAUAUACUGAUUCAGUGUAUUCCAAGAUUGUUACAACUGCAGGGGAGGGGUUGUCCAGUCGAACCGUGGAAAUAAUCUUGGCUGUGGCUUUAUGCGUGCUUUCAGUAAUCCUUCUGGGGGCUGCAAUAUAUGCUUUUGCAAGAAUCAGGCAAAAGCAGAAAGAAGGAGGAACCUAUUCUCCACGGGAUGCUGAAACCAUUGACACCAAAUUCAAGCUCGACCAGCUGAUAACAGUAGCAGACCUGGAACUGAAGGAAGAGAAAUUAACACGAUAUUCAUCAUUUUUCUUUAGACGGAAGGAAAUAUUUGUCAUCCAGCUUCUGAGUUAUAGAAAGUCACUCAAACCUGUAAACAAGAAAUCUUUUCUACAGCACGUUGAAGAUCUCUGUUCUAACGACAACGUAAAGUUUCAGGAGGAAUUCUCGGAACUUCCAAAACUGCUUCAGGACCUUGCAACAUCAGAUGCCGACCUCCCUUGGAACCGAUCCAAGAAUCGUUUCACUAAUAUCAAGCCGUAUAACAACAACAGAGUAAAGCUGAUCUCUGAAGCCGGUGUGCCUGGAUCAGAUUACAUCAAUGCCAGUUAUGUGUCAGGCUAUCUUUGUCCAAACGAGUUUAUUGCCACUCAAGGUCCGUUGCCAGGCACCGUGGCUGAUUUUUGGAGGAUGAUCUGGGAGACAAGAACCAGAACGAUAGCCAUGCUGACGCAAUGUUUCGAGAAAGACAGGAUCAGAUGUCAUCAGUAUUGGCCUGAAGACAACAAGCCAGUGACUGUAUUUGGAGAUAUUGUGAUCACGAAACUAACUGAAGAUGUUCAUCCAGACUGGACCAUCCGGGACCUGAAAGUUGAAAGGCAUGGUGACUGCAUGGUGGUACGCCAUUUCAGUUUCACUUCUUGGCCAGAACACGGAGUUCCUGAAUCGAGCACAGCACUCAUUCAUUUUGUAAAACUAAUCCGUGUAAACAGAGCACAUGACAACACAACCAUUGCAGUGCAUUGCAGUGCCGGAGUCGGAAGGACGGGGGUGUUUAUUGGUUUAGAUCACCUUGUACAGCAUGUGAGCGACCAUGACUUUGUGGACAUCUAUGGCCUAGUUGCUGAACUGCGCAGUGAGCGAAUGUGCAUGGUUCAGAACUUGGCACAGUACAUGUUUCUUCACCAGUGCGCUCUGGAUCUGUUGUCAAGUAAGGGAAACAGCCAGUCUAUUUGGUUUGUAAAUUAUUCAGCACUUGAAAAGAUGGACUCUUUGGAAGCCAUGGAAGGUGACGUGGAGCUUGAAUGGGAGGAAACUACAAUGUAAUUUCUAUUUACAAGGAAGGUUGGCUUUGUUUUGGGUUAUUUAGGUUUUAAAAACCAGCAACAAAAAAAAGUAUGGACACAGGGGCCAAAUCUCUGCGAACAGACCUCCCCCUACCCUUCAUUCUGUCAUCACUGUGCCUUCAGUCUCUUCCCUCAGAUCACACAAGACAAUACAAGAUUAUCACAUCUUUUUUGCACGAAAAAAUAUUGUAUUUUAAAAUUGCAUAUAUUCUUGUACUGCUAAUUUAAAAUGUCUUUGUAUUUCUUACUUCUAAUUAUUGUAUUUCUUGGUAAGAUAAUGUGAGCCAAACAGGUUUUUGAGGCAGGUUUUUAUUGGAUUUUUGUUUGUUUGUUUGUUUGUUUGUUUGUUUGUUUGUUUGUUUGUUUGUUUGUGUGUCUGUGUAAAUUCCAGGGUGAAGAAUAUCAUGUAUUUCUGUUUGGAUGUAAUGUAAAGGCAAUAGUUCUUUUGGCCUCUAUGGUGUUGACAUUUUUUGUGGAUUACUUCCAGUGCUGUCACAAUAAACCAUAUUUAAGUGUA